ACAAUCGAAACAACUUUUAAAUAAAGAGACAAUUAAAAAGGUAAAAGAAAGUUAAAAAAACACUUUUGAUUGUUUUCACACUAUCUUUCUCUUGCUUUCUUGCAUCAAAGGCAAUUAUUCAACAGUGAUCUCAACUCCCUCUUUCACCUUCUUCAAAUCUCAGACAUGCUCCUCUCUCACUCUUCUCAUUCUCUCUCUACCUCUCCUCAUGGGCUACCUCUCUUGCAACGGUGAAUCCGCAGUUUCCAUCUGCGAUCCACACAACUACAAAUACAAUCCUCGCCGAUCAAAGAAACGUCGUCCAGCGCUCCUCCGUGUUUUCAAAUACGACGAACUCGCCGCCGCUACGAACGGCUUCUCCGCCGGUAACUUCCUCGGCAAAGGCAGCCACGGGAGAGUUUACAAGGCGGUUCUCGACGGCGGGAAGCUUCUCGCCGCCGUGAAACGAACCACGGUCGCCAGCGCGAGCCAGGUGGACAAUGAGAUCGAGAUUCUCUCGCGUGUGCGUCACCGUUACAUGGUCAACUUAAUCGGUUACUGCGUUGACCAGCGGAGGAAGACUAAGCUGCUGGUCGUUGACUACAUGCCUAACGGCACGCUUCAUGAUCACUUGCACUCGUCAGUUACGCCUCUAAGCUGGAACCGGCGAAUCAAACACGCGCUUCAGAUAGCGACUGCAGUCCACGCUCUUCACUCGGCCGAGACUCCCGUUAUCCACCGCGACAUUAAAUCGUCCAACAUUCUAAUCGACGGAGAAGGAAACGCCAGGCUGGCGGAUUUCGGAUUGGCGUUGAUAGGACACGUGGACGAUGAGCAUCUGAAAGCCACGCCGCCGGCGGGAACGAUGGGAUAUUUAGAUCCGUCGUACUUGGCGCCGGCGGAUCUAACGGCCAAGAGCGACGUGUUCAGCUUCGGGAUACUGUUGUUCGAGAUUGUCAGCGGUAGAGACGCCAUUGAUCUGAACUACAGCCCGCCGUGUAUCGUAGACUGGGCGGUGCCUCUCGUCAAACGCGGCGAGCACGGAGCGGUUUGCGACUCGAGGAUCGGGAACCGUCCGAGCUCCGCCGUGAUCCGGAGAUUGGUCGUUAUGGCGGCGAGGUGCGUGCGGUCGACGGCGGAGAAGCGUCCGGAUAUGUCGGAGGUCGUGGAGUGUUUGAAAACGGUGAGGAAGAUGUCCCAGGAGUCUCCGGUUUGGAGUCGGUUACGGCGGAGAACCGAAAACAAACCGGAGAACGUUUUCGUUGGUGAAGAAAAGGAAGAGAUCAAUGUGAGGGGAGGGAGCAAGAAGAAGAUGAACAAGGUAUCGAACGUGAUCGCUGAGGAUGAUACAGUCCCGGAGCAGGCGGUUUCUCCGGCACCGUUUCGUCGUAGGAACCGUGUGCUGAGAUCGAGAUCAGUUGGUGCGAUGGGUGGAGCGAGAGUUGGACCUGAUCCAAACGACGUCGUUGAGGAUAAUAGGGAGGUUACGACGAUAAGAGUUCUUGUGGAGAGGGAAAGAACGGUGAAGACGGCGGCGAUGAUGAAGCUGAGUAAGUCGAGGUCGGUGGGGAUUGUACGUAGUCAUAAAACGGUGGCGUUGAGGCUUUAUUGAGUUGUUAACAAAAGUCAGCAAUUUGCCAGGCAAUCUGUUUUGACUGUUGUCAGAUUUGUUUUCCACAUUUUCCUUCUACUAUUUUGUUUUUAUUGUAUUUGAUUCUCAAUAAAAAAAAUACCAAGUGCUUGCUUCGAAUU